CGCCCCCCGUUCGGGCCAUCAUCUCGGCGGAUCUGCAUUGUCGUUCUCCUGCAACUUCUUGAGCAUUUGAUCCCAUCGGCCCGACCAUUUUCUUGUUCUUUCUUGGUUGUCUGGUUUGAAGGAGUUCGUGUGUCACUGUCCUCGGUGCGCCCCGACCGUUUGAAAUCUUUCUUUCUCGCGUUGGGGGUGGUGCGGGGGAGAGAUCUUGAUCCCUUUGCCAAAUGACAGCCGGGUCGGCGGAAGAUGUCUUCUGAGACCGAGACCGGUUCGAGCUCCGACCCACCAGCGCACUGCUGCUCCUCUGCUUCGCCCGGCUCCAGCUUGGCCGAGCUCAAGCUGUACCAGGCCUUCAUCUUCUCCGUCCCCAUCGUCUUCACGUUCGUCCUCCUCUUCUCCUUCUACGUGUUCUAUCUCCGCCGCCGGAGGGCCGAUUGGGUGUCUCUCCGCAUGCGCGCUUCUUUACCGAUCGAUGGGCAGAACGUCGACGUCCCCAGACCUGAAGUGGGCCUGACGAAAGAACUGAGAGAGAUGCUUCCCGUCAUUGUGUAUAAAGAGAGCUUCUCGGUCAAUGACUCACAAUGUUCGGUGUGUCUCGGGGACUACGAGGCCGAGGAUAGGCUUCAACAAGUACCGGCGUGUGGUCAUACUUUUCACAUGGGUUGCAUUGACCAUUGGCUUGCCACCCACACGACCUGCCCCCUUUGCCGCGCCUCUCUUCUUGCUCCUACUAGAUCCAUUGAGGUCCAAACAGAAGCAGGAUGUGGAUCUUCUGCCCAAGAGGUUCUGCAGGUUUUUGAAGAAACACAUACCAUGCAAUCUCAGCAGGAAAAUGGUUUUCUCAAUGAAGAAACAGACUCUCAACCUGUUGUUCUUGAAACAGAACGGCAUCCUUGAUUGGCUUGAGGAUGGUGGACGAUUCCUAUGGGUCAGCACUUCAUCUCCCGCUCAAUUCAUUCAACAUUUCAUUUUAUUCAUGAAGCCGAUUUUAAAAAUCAGUUAUUUAGAUCCAUUAGGCCAGCUAUUCAAUGUAGAUUAACUGACAUCCCUGAUUUGAGCAAUAAAAAAGUGUGCCUCAGUCAAUCUAGAAUUUCUACUGACUAGGAGAUUCAAUUAGAUUGAGUUCUGUCUCUUUGCUUCUGUUCUGUCUCCGAAGUACCUCAUGGAGCAUUUAUAAUGGGCUUGUACCAGGAUUAGAUCCCUGCACUUGUAUUUCUGAUAAUCUAUGAUACAAGUUCUUUGCCCGCCAA